AUUUAAUACCAACAUUUAUUAAUAUGUUAAUUGUAGAUUACAACUAUUAUGUGCCCCGGCAUUUACGUGUUUGCCAUCACCAUUUGUUUUCUAAUACUUGGCGUAAAUUACCAGGGGCCUUACUACCAUCUCUUACAGCAAUACUAUUUUAAGCUUACUUUCAUUUUUCAUACUACGAUGUCCUUAAAGUAAGCUUAUAACUAUCAUACAAAUAAGACUGUUGGAAUAGCAGUAUUGGUGACGUCAUUCACUAUAGUUCAUUCAGUUCGUACCACCUAGCUGCUUUUGACACUAAACAUUAUUGCUUAUAUGUCAAUUCUAGCAGUCUUAAAAAAGUUAAUCGCUAUCGACGUAAAUAAAACUGUGUAAGAAUUAUAUUGUACAAAAAACCAAAUUUAUAACAUAAAAAGUAAGGAAAGUACGAGUCCGGGAUACAUUAAAGGCUAUUGUUUGAUUUUGCCAUGGAGAAAGGCUCAAGACCAGGCGUGAUGGGGUGAUGGCCCAGGGCGACAAAUUCUGGGGAGCGCCAAGGUCUGAAGUUGGAGUCUCUUGCCUCUCCUGGUGCAAACCCUCAGAACUAUGCUCUACGCUCUGUGCAUAUGCAUAUAUUUUAUUGAGAUUUAUCUUAGAUGGAUUUUUUGUGGGUUUGUGUCCACUUGAGUCAAGUGGGUGCCACAAUAUUUUCGCCCGGGGUAUCGGUGGCCCUUACACCGGCACUGCUCAAGACCCAUUAUUUAAGUGCAGUUCGACGACGAGACACCUUAAGUGUCGUGCGUGCAUAUUAUAACGUCAACAUUUGACUAAAGUGAACUAGUUCUUUCUCCACACACAAGAAAGAAAAUGGAAUACGCAUUAUUCGAUUUUUUAGAAUCCGACAAUACGGAAGCUAAUAUUUUAAGAAAGCGGCAUCGUAUGGAGCUACGUGCUGAAUGUAAUCCUUACGAUUUGGACGAUACGGAGUUUGUUAAAAGGUACCGUCUCACAAAACAACUGACAUAUAAUCUAUGUGAUGAUUUGAGGCCUUUGAUGAAAACUCCAAAAAAAUCUACAGACUUAUCAGUUGAAACAAAGGUAUUGAUUGCGUUAGCAUUUUAUGCCACAGGAUCAUACCAACGCCCUACAGGCAGUAGUGAGGGACAUUUUGUGGCUCAACAAACUGUCUCUAAAGUUAUUGCUCAGGUUACUGCCUGUCUGAACACAAUCCAAAUGAGACAGAAGUUUAUUAAAUUUCCUAGAACCACUGAAGAACGCAAUAGGAUUAAAACCGAGUUUUACAAGAAGUUUAAAAUCCCAGAUGUCUUGGGAUGUAUAGAUUGCACUCAAGUUGCAAUAAUACGUCCCAUUAUUCAUGAGGAGCGCUAUUAUUGCCGCAAGCAGUAUCAUUCUUUGAAUGUCCAAAUAGUUUGUGAUGCAGACAUGCAAAUAUUGAGUGUAGAUGCAAGUCAUGGUGGUGCAACUCAUGAUUCAUUUAUAUGGGCUAGUCAUCCACUAAAAGCACAUUUAGAAGAACUAAGCAACAGAGAAAAUAUUUGGCAGCAAAGCCUUUAA